AUGCAUUUGCAACGCCUUUCCUUUUUGGCCGCUAUAGCAGGCUGUAUUGUGCAGCCUGUUGUCGGCGUGCCUCAUGCCCAAUCCCAGGGAACAUGCAAAAAGACCAACGUUGCAAUUCUGGGAGGUGGUGUGGCUGGAAUAACUGCUGCUCAAGCACUGACCAAUGCUUCGGUUCACGAUUUUGCGAUCCUUGAAUACCGCGAUACAAUCGGUGGCCGUGCUUGGCAUAAGCCAUUUGGCAAGGAUAAAAAUGGGAAGCCCUAUAUCAUUGAAAUGGGUGCAAAUUGGGUGCAAGGUCUUGGAAAUCCCGGAGGAGCUCAAAAUCCGAUCUGGGUCAUGGCGCAAGAAUAUGGGCUAAAGACCCACUACUCAAAUUACGACAAUGUUUCCACUUACAAUAAAGAUGGUUAUUCCGAUUAUAGCCAUCUGCUUGAUCAAUUUGAGGAUGCAUAUGAAAUUGCUAAUCAGAUGGCUGGUGAGAUUCUCACUCAGAAUCUUCAAGAUCAAAAUGCCAAGUCGGGUCUUGCUCUGGCCGGUUGGAAUCCGAAGCCGUUCGAUAUGGAGGCGCAGGCUACUGAAUGGUGGUCUUGGGACUUUGAAGAUGCCUAUACUCCCCUGGAGAGCUCUCUUGUUUUCGGCUGUGCAGGAGACAACUUGACCUCGAACUACUUCAGUGACCAUGACAACUUUGUGCUUGACCAGCGUGGUUUCAAUCACAUCUUCAAGAAGCAGGCUUCUACUUUCCUUAAGACAAAUGACCCACGUCUUCAUCUCAACACCGAAGUCACCAACAUCACCUACUCAGAUGAUGGUGUUACUGUUCACAACAAGGAUGGCAGCUGCGUAGAGGCAGACUAUGCAAUCGUCACUUUCUCCCUGGGUGUCCUACAGAAUGACGUUGUCAAGUUCUCCCCAGAACUUCCAGACUGGAAGCAGGAGGCCAUCCAGAAGUUCACCAUGGGAACCUACACCAAGAUCUUCUUCCAGUUCAACGAGACCUUCUGGCCUUCGGAAACCCAAUAUCACCUCUACGCGGACCCAGUCACCCGUGGCUGGUACCCAAUUUGGCAAUCACUCUCCACCCCUGACUUCCUCCCGGAUUCAAACAUCAUCUUCGUAACCGUGACCAACGAAUUCGCCUACCGGGCCGAGCGUCAGACCGACGAAGAAACCAAGAAGGAAGCGAUGGCAGUCCUGCGCAAGAUGUUCCCAGAGAAAGACAUUCCCGAGCCAACUGCCUUCAUGUACCCGCGCUGGACCCAAGAGCCUUGGGCCCACGGCAGUUACUCCAACUGGCCACCCGCCACAUCACUCGAGAUGCACCAGAACCUGCGUGCCAAUGCGGGCCGGCUCUGGUUUGCCGGUGAGGCGACCAGUCCUACGUUCUUUGGCUUCUUGCACGGUGCAUACUUCGAGGGUCUGGAUGCGGGUCGGCAGAUUGCCGCUAUCAUGCAGAAGCGAUGUGUCAACGCCAACUCUACUAAGUUGAGAGAGUGCGGUCCCCGCAAGCACUACGAGACCCUCCAUGGAACUUCCCCAUACGCGGAUUACACCAUGAUUAAUGGCUGGGCGGUGGAUAGUUUCAUUGAUACUAAUACCGACUAA